AUGGCACCCUCAACACAGUUCGAGCUCGCGCAGCCGCCAAACGAUGCGGUCUCGUCACUCGUCUUUGCGCCCUCCUCGCCCACCCGCCUGCUCGUUUCGUCCUGGGACAAGAAUGUCUACCUCUACGACACCCACAGCGACAGUGAAAGCGGACAUGGCACGCUGUUGCAGACCUUUGAGCACCGCGCUCCCGUCAUGGACGUGUGCUUUGGCGCCGACGACGACGAGGCUUUCAGCGCCGGUAUGGACUGGACGGUGCGGCGGAUCGAUCUCAGUAGUGGUGACAUGACGCUCGUCAGCAAGCACACGGCGCCCGUCAGGAGGGUUGUCUAUAGUCGGGAACACUCAUUACUAGUCACCGCCUCAUGGGACAGCACCCUCCACGUGCUGAACCCAUCCGACACUUCCCUGACACCACUGACCAUUCCACUGCCCGGCAAGCCGCACGCGCUCGCCGCCUCGCCCUCAAAAGUCAUCGUCGCCAUGACCUCGCGGCUGGUGCACAUUUACGACUUGAACACACUAGCCGCCUCGCUACAAUCCGGCGCCGUGCCCGAGCCCUGGCAGCAGCGCGAGUCGUCGCUCAAGUUCUUGACCCGGGCCGUCGCCGCCAUGCCCUCGGACGCCGGCUACGCCACGUCCUCGAUUGAGGGCCGUGUCGCUGUCGAGUGGUUCGACGCCUCCGAGGCCUCGCAGGCCCGCAAGUACGCCUUCAAGUGUCACCGCCAGACCAGCCCCGAGGACGGCGCCGACGUCGUCUUUCCCGUCAAUGCUCUCGCCUUCCACCCGAACUUUGGCACCUUUGCCAGCGGUGGAGGUGAUGCCACAGUCGCGCUAUGGGACGCCGCAGCGAAGCGCCGCAUGAAGAUCUACCAGAAGUUUCCCGAUAGUGUCGCAUCUCUGGCUUUCUCGAGUGAUGGAAAAUACCUUGCCAUUGGCGUGUGCCCGGGCUUUGAGACUGGCAUGGAAGACUACAGCGGAGAAGGACGGACAAAGGUUGUCAUCAGAGAAUUGGGCGAGACAGAAGCCAAGGGUAAGGGCGCCAAAUAA